AUGCCGCCGGCACCACCCGGUCAUUCUCAUCAUCAGCAGCCCAUUUCGUCGCCGAAUCGAACCAGCCGCGAUACGCCGCCACCGCCAGACCCGACCGACAUGGAGACCCACCAGCAGGCGCAUCACCCUGCCCCGGCACGCCCAAUGUCGAUAGCUUGGGGUUUAUCCGGCGUGGGUCAUCAAAAUCCACAGCUAAACCCGAUGCUUUUCAACUUUAUAGCCCCAGGGACUAUGAUCCCUACCCCUGACGGCACAAGGGGACAUCACAGCUAUCUCCCGCACACGCCGAUAGACGCCAGUUUCGCGUACGGCAGCGAGCUCGUCUCACCGUCCAGCAUACAAUCUUGUGGCCACUAUGAUAGUGGCUUUGCCGGACACUGGGAUGGCACUUUGAGCCAUGGAGCUUGCACUCCAAAUGUAUCGAUGCCCACUAGGCAUGUCGCGAAUAAUCCUUGGGCUGAGCUAGACGAGGCGCCCCAAGAUAACAACCCAGCACCCGCUCCACAACCAAAAAGGACUCCUCGAACGCGAAGAAAAAAGAAAGAGGCUCACAAUGCAUCUGAGGCUUCUCAAGGUCGCAGCAGUAGUGCUGGUGCCGGUGCUGGUGCUCCUUCGCUAUCUGACGUAGCUAGCCCUAGCUCUACGUCACGGAACAGCCGCACGAGUAUCAAUUCAAAGUCUACAUCUACGGCAUCCAUGGCUUCGUCAACACCAAGUCGUCAGAGAAAGCUACGCAGUGCCUCUCGUACAUCCAAAAAUAACCGUGACAAACCUAAUGAUGCUCCAGAAGAACGCUGGGCUCGAGCAUCCCAUAACCGCGUCGAAAAGCACUACCGCAACCGCAUGAACGUUCAGUUCGAAUCCCUUCUUAAUAUUUUGCCGGCGAAAACCCGACACGAUGCCAAAGGUAAUGGCGAUGAUAUCGAAUCGGAUGGCACAAACAAUCCGGACCGCCGUGUGAGCAAGGGCGAAGUGCUUGAAAUGGCUCGCAAGCGUAUACAAGCGCUGGAACGAGAAGGCAAUGAGCUCCGGCGCAAGAACCUCGAACUUCAAGGCAGUCUUCGACGACUUAAAGGAUCUGCCUCCGAUGGCACAGUAUCCUCGUCUGACGGAGAAAGGCCGUUCAAUUUCAAUCAGUGUGUCCAAUAA